AUGGAGGAAGUUUUCUUACUGAAAGAGUCAGUUUUGUAUUUUCUGGACAGAAGUGGAGCUCUUCUUAAACUUGCCGAAGACUGCAAACCAUUCAACGGUAAGUUUUAGGGGCAGUGGUAGGCUAGCUAGAGAGCGCUUUCGAUCAGUGUUAGCUAGCUAAUGGGAUUGUGUGUGACUCCUGAGGACGGGGUAACCUAGGCAACCCUGAACCCACUCGGGGAUGUGGUGACGUGAAACGCAGUCCUUCAUAGAUGACAGCAAGCUGUUAAAUAACUGAUGAUUAUAUGUUAAUUGAUUGAUUUAGCUAUUAUAAAGUCAACUCUAAUGUCACCCAAGUUCCUAUUUCCUUCAGAUAUCCAGCGAAAUGAGGCUGUGUAUCGGUUCUGUAUCAGUGUUAACCCUUCAGACAUAAUAGAACUGGAUCCUAGAUUGGGUGACUGUGUGCUCCAUGACCCCCUCAAAGCUACAUCACUAUUUCAAUCUGUAAGUCCAAAACAUCUCCCAUUACAUUACCCCUUAUUCAAACCUUGAAUUUGGAACAUACCAGUAUUUAUGUUUUUUUUGUCACUCCUCUUUCAGGUUUGUUUUCUGUCAAUAAAGACACUCUCCCUCAUUGAGAAAAUACACACAGAAAGUCAGGUGAAUGUGAUCCUGAAGUUUACACACCUGCCUCCGUUCCCUGAGUACACCAUGGAUCUCUGUGAGUUUCCCUGUGGUUAUGGCCCCAUGAGGCCCGUUGCCAUGGAGGGCCUGGUCAUCGCGAUGACGAGGGUCACGAAGUACACACAGGGAGCCAGGUUUCUCUGUUCUGAGUCAGACUGCCCCUGCUCAACAGGUAGGCCUGAUUACAAGUAACCUGGGUGCCACGCUAUUUCUGUUUUCAUAACAUUACGGUAAUGCCAUUUACAAAACAAUAAAAAAUUCUGUAAUAUGAUGUUAUCCUCAGGGUUCCAUCACAUCAGAGUGCACGCACCCGGAGCCACUGAGUCAGCCACAGUGAGGAGUGACUUCAGCUGCCUGCUCUGCUCCUCUCACCUCAAAGAGGAUAUCAAGUUCCGGGUGCUGGGGGGUGAGAAUGUCCCUAAAUGAUACUUGAAGAAGUAGCCUCACGUGUCAUGCUUACAUGUAGCUCGUCACUUCUUACUAGCACUGACUUUGCUGAUAGCUACUUUAUUGAGGAAACAUUUACUUGAAUGUGAUUGUCUCACCUUAAGAUGGAUGCACUAACUGUAAGUCGCUCUGGAUAAGAGUUUCUGCUAAAUGACUGACCUUUGUAAUGUAAAUGUUAAUGUAAGCAUAAUAUGGUUUUGAAACAGACAAGCAGCUUGUAGAGCUGAUCCAUGUCAAAGCACUGGAUGUCCUGAAAGUCCAUCCUCCCAGCGCCCUCAGGUACCAGUCUGUUACCCUGUUUCUCAGAGGUAAGCUCACAUAAUAAUGAUAAUUUUGCCCAAACGUUUUGUAAUGUUCACAUAAUGCAUGUCAUGAUUUCGUUUUUAAUAGAUGUGACUUCGAUAUCUCCUUAGAAAAGUAAUUGUUAGAAGUUUGUUAUGAAUUUUCUAUUCCUUUUCGAUGACAAAUGUAAUUUUGGAGCCAAAAUCCUGUGGGGGAGAGUUCAAGUAAACAGAGGUUUGAGUAGCCAGCCACGCAGUAGUGCCCCUGGGUGAGAUAUUAGGUGUUCCUGUGCCCUCCAAUAACAUUGUCCAGCCAUUACCCCUGAGAGAGCAGUGAUUCUCAGUGCCAGUAUUAGCAUAUUCUGUUGACCUAGUCUUCUGGAGGAAUUCAACACAGCGGGCUCACGUUACUAAACAUAUAUGUUAAUAAGUGUAAGGAACACUCAUUAGUUGAAUCGCACAACGCACACACAGUGAGAUCUUUGUUCCAAGGGCCUGGUUCCUGUGUUGCGCUUGGCAGGGGUGUGUAGGUGCCUUGCAUGUUCCUCAAAUAAUUAGGAGACUGCAGGACAGAACUGGACAACCCCUCUGAGUGUUAUGGUUUUGUUUCCCUCACAACGUUGUAGAUGAGCUGUGUAACUCCAUGAGGAUUGGACGUCUGUACAGGGUGCUGGGCAUACCGGCCCAUGUCCACCAGUGGCCCAACGUCACCUGGAGUGUGGAGGCCAAUAGCGUUAAACCGUGGGAGCCUGAAUGUAAGGACCUAUAUGCAUGCUUACAAUGGUAUAGAUCAGCUUACAUUAAAUCCUGUUCAUAAUCUAUAGGUCUGGUUUUCAGCUUCUCUGAGAAAGCCAUUCAAAGGGAACAUGCAUGUGCGUGGAUGUGUGUCCUUGUGUGUGAGGACUGUGACCUCUGACUUGCUUAUAACAGAACACAGUAUGUGCAAUAAUAACACCUCACACUCCAGUAGAUUCACUCCACCCCUCUUCUUUUCCUCCAACCACACCCCCAGACACUGGCACCAUCAGCUCUAACUUCCAGGCCCUGUUGACGGCCACAGCCUGUUCCCCCUGGAGGUUCUCUGCCAUCGUGGCUAACUCGUUUGGCUCCGCAGUGGUUCCCCCGGGCCUGUACAGCACUCUGAAGCUGGGCCUGCUGCUCAGCCUGGUCCAGGGCCGGGGGGACAACCCAGACUCUCUGCACUGCCUGGACCUGCUAGCCCUGACUACUGACACACUCAUACUGGACAGGUCCUACAUUAUAGUCCUACAUUAUAAUCCUUCAGUCAGACAGUCAAUGAAUCAAUCUUUGAAUCAGUCAAUCAAUCAACCAAGUUCUUAGGAAGCACAAUACACUGACCAAAUUACCAAAACAAUAACAUCACUGCAAUAAAAUUGUACUAUGCCCAUAUUCAAGUCAACAGCAUAAAUGGAUAGUUGAGAGAGCCAGCCUCCGUUACCCCCUGUCUUAGGCUGAUGACGUACAGCCUGGGACUGGCUGGCCGUGGGGUGAGACACCCUGCGACAGGGGAGAUGUUUGCCUCUCUUUCCCGUGAUGAUCACGGAGCGGGCACGGCUAAUAUCCACGCUGGCUCCGCCCUGCUGGCCACCGGAGGCGUCUGCAUGCUCGGGGACCUGGGCCACCACAGGAAGGACAAGAUGGACGCCCUUCAGUCAGGUACAGAGCCCUGCUUACCUUGUAGCCUAGGGCCAGCCUAGGGCUGUAGCUAAUGUGUUGUCUUGUCAAAGCUAUGAAACAAUGAAGAAACAUUAUGGCACCUCCUAUGAUACACAAAGUAUAGAGUAGGUUAUUUGAGUGUAUAAACCAAGGGAUUGGUUUCACACUGGGCCUUUGCCUUCUAUCCACCCCCAACAGUUAGUUCACCUUUGACCGCUCUCCCUCCCCACCCAGUUCUGGAAAGUCGGACAGUGUCUGUGAUCAUCCCAGGGAAGAAGUAUGGAGAGGAUGCUGACCAGCAGAUCUCCUUCCCUGUCCAGUGCAGCUUCUGGGCCCUGGCAGACUCCACAGCCCCCUCAAAGAAGACCACCAGGAAUGACAGUAUAGUGCUAGGAACAGUGGUGGGCUUUCACUGUGUUGUUUAAUUUACAUUACGAUUCAAAUUUAUUGGACUACUGCACUUGAUAAAUGUGAGUGCCUCUGAUGUGUCCCCAUUGGGUUGUUGUCUGAUAUGGUGAUUCUGCAACAAAUCUAUUCCAUGUGAGCAGUUUGAAGCCUUUUCUCCUACCACACAAUGCCAAUAGCACUCAGCACUGGCAGAGAUAAUGUGUUCCAGAAAUGUCAAAUCUCUCAGAGCCAGCCGGAAGGGGAGACAAUUUAUUAUCUUCAGAAUAAGUAGUUAAUUGCUUCCACUCAGGGAACAGGCUGCCGCCCAAACAAACCCAGCCCUUGAGAAUAGACAACGCCUUCAGGUUCCCCUCCACUUUGGCCUCAGUGCCAAUUCAGGAUGCACAAGAAACUGUAGUACUAAUGUAGUACUUUAGUGGUAAAUAUAGUACUGGUAAAUAUUGUACUGUUAAAUAUAGUACUGGUAAAUAUAUUAAUGGUAAAUAUAGUACUGAUAAAUACAGUACUUCCAUGUUAAGGUAGUAGGUCAAAUUAUUUUUACAAAAUUAGCUACCAGCCACAUAAAAAUAUGUUAUCCAUUGUGUGUGUAGGACAUGGGCCCGGUCCCUGCCCAGCUUGCUGAGGCCUUUGGUCUGGUGAUCCUUUGUCGGGAGGCAGGGGGAGAGCAGGCCCUGCUAGCCCAGACGGUACACACCCUCAGGCAGGCAGUGCAGCCCGGAGAGCCCCUCUACCCAUCCUGCAUACAGUUUACCACACAGGACUACCAGGAGGUAAACCACACAAUACUGUACACACCAUGUAAGGCUGAUUUUCACCUUUUCAUGUAAUAUAUGGCACACAUAAAAUACAUCUGCAAACUCUUAGUGCUUUUUGACAGACUACAUUUUGACUUAACAUUGUGCUCUUUUCCUUCACCCAGUUCCUGGCCCACGCCCAAGGGAUCCAGACAGAGCUGAGCCCUGGGGCAGAGAUGAUGAUCCAUGGCUAUUACAUGGCCAGCAGAAGGGUCCGCUCAGACUCGGGCCAUGGUGCAAAGGUGUCAGUGGCCUCCAUCAAGCUACUGUAAGGGCAUACCACUGAUCGCAUGCUGAGGGUUAUUCAUUUAAAUCUUACCAUGUUUCAUAUUUAUGCACAAAUCACCCUUUUACUUAUUGUAGUGUUUAACUUGGGCAUUUGUCAAAUCCCUGAUGUUAACAAUGCAUAAAAUAAAAAAGGCCCUUCAAAUUCUCAGGGCACCUGCAGCAUCUUGUGCUUUAGCAGUGUUCUCUGUAAUGUCAUAUUUCUCCACAAGGUGGAGCUCAAUCAUUCAUUUACAGAACCUAUUAAUGGGUGCCUGUCUCAAAAUACUAUUUUUCAUCUAGUUUGGAAAAUCUUUUCAGUGGUGUCAGAUUGUGUGAAAGUGCACAGUAAAAAUAAACCCAAUUUCAUCAGGAGCACAAUAUAUAAAAAAUAUUUUAAAAAGGCUAAUCAUUCAGAACUAACAGAGGCAGGUUUUUCCAGAUCUGAAAGCCUGUUCCCACACGAUGUGUAUUUCUUUGCAUAGUAUCAUUCUUAAUGUUUAUUUUGUGGUUAUUGUGCAUUGCCAGUUAAUGUACCAUUUAUCACAGUAAAUUCUGCUCAGCUCUUUUUGUUAGCUUUGGGCAACAGAAUCAAUAACAAUAUUUGUUUACUUCUACAAAAUGUCCCUAUGGAGACAGUAUAAUUGUUUUUAUUGGCGUGUUUCUUCAAGGAUCUCCCUGGCUGAAGCCCACAGUAAGCUGUGUCUGAGGAGCACAGUGCUGGAGGAGGAUGCAGUGAUCGCUGUGUUGCUGUGUGAAAACGCCAUCACUCUCAGACACGGUAGGACACUCACAGGACCGGAGGCUACGUCAGCAGCCAAACUCAUAGAUCUCAUUUGCUGCCAUGUUGAAAUCACCACUACCUUCACACAGCCUGGAUAACUGACAGUACAAGAACAAACCCCUCCAGACUCUGCACCAUUUCUAGUUAUACUGUCGCAGUCCAACCUUGUAUCCAGAGGGUUUGUCUGGGGACUACAGUGCCAAACCCCUAGGUCCAAAUACAAAACAAAAGUGCACUAGGUCUUUAUUACUCCUGUAUAAGCAGAGAAAAAUACGUCAGCAGAGCGGGGUAAAUCUUCCUGCAGCCAUGCCUUGCUCUAAUUACAUCUGUCACAGUGAGAGUAGAGACUGGAGAAUCCAACCUUGUCAGGGGAUGGUCUCUACAGGGGUCAUCUCUAGUAAUAGCUAUAGGCAAGAGUGUAUCCUGGCUAUGAUUGUCUUUGCUCUAGUAAUAGCAGUCAGUGUGGACUGUAGUCUACAUUUACCCUGAUAGUUGGUCUGGGGACUGCUCCCUCUACGAACAGGAGCCUCAGCGCUCAUUAUCCCACCCGACGCAGCGUUUCCCUGUGACCUGUGUGACCUGGAAGCUCUCCACAGGCGAGACCUGAUCCUGGAGCAGCUUCACCAGAGCAUCAUGCACUUUGUCUACGCCUACGCACCCGGGGCCACCAGCUACAUCACUGAGGAGGAAUAG